CCUUGCGAAACAGAAACAGUAACCGAUCAACUCGCAAGAAAUUCAGUACUAAAAUGGAUCUUUAUUAUUCGCCUCUCGCUGGAACUAGCCGUGCCAUUCUUAUGACAGGAAAGGCUCUUGGUCUUGAAUUUAACAAAAAAGAGAUAAACGUCGCUAAGGAGGAGCAACUGAAACCAGAAUUUGUAAAGAUCAAUCCUCAGCAUACCAUUCCUACUCUCGUCGAUAAUGGCUUUACUUUGUGGGAGUCUCGCGCCAUUCUUACAUAUCUGGUCGAGAAGUACGGAAAGGACGACUCACUUUACCCCAAAGAUCCCCAACGACGUGCUCUUGUGAACCAACGCUUGUACUUUGAUAUGGGAACAUUAUACAAGUCUUUCGCAGACUAUUACUACCCACAGUUCCAAAAGAAGACUGUUGAUCCAGAGCUAUUCAAAAAGGUUGAGACAGCCCUGGACUUCCUAAACACAUUCCUUGAGGGUAAACAGUAUGUGGCGGGUGAUAGUUUCACCGUUGCCGACAUUUGUAUCUUGGCCACUAUUUCUACUUUCCUAGUAGCAAACCUACCCAUUAGCAAGUACACUAAUAUUACGAGAUGGUACGAGAAUGGUAGCAAAUUGGCACCUGGCUGGGAUGAGAAUGAAAAGGGUCUGGCUGCACUAAAGGCUUUGAUUGAAACCAUGAAAUAGAUUAUAGAGGCAACUUCUCAAUUCUCAGAUUUAUUUGAAAAACAUAAUUAAUUAUCAAUGUACUGUUCACUAAAUAAAUUUAUAUAAUUUUAAACCACAAAA